GAUUCCGCUCGAACGGGUUCCCUCAUCGCACAGAGUGAACAGACCGUGGGCAAACCGCCUUGGACGCCAUGGACACUGAUUAUCAGAUCGAAAGCGCGGCACGGCAGUGCAUUCAACGCUUCAGGCAGUGCCUUGAAGUCCCGGCACUCCAGGAAAGUGAGUGGGUUGAGAAUCGUCUUGCUCAAAUGAACUUGUGGGUUUCAAAAACAGGAGCCUGCGCCCCAGGACGAGCUUCCUUAGACUCAAGAUUAGCCGCCAUGCCGGAAACUCGUGACGUAAUCGCCAAUUCAUUGCGCCUGCUCGCUAUCGUGAUCGACAAAUACCGGACACUGAAUCAACCACACGAUACUCCGCCCAGUCACCAUCGUGAAGAAGACCCUGCUUCCUCCCAGGAUGAGGAUCAAACUCCAGAGCUAUCUCCCACGAUCAAUGAUUCCAGCUCCGAUGAUGUCAGUCCCGAUGAGUACGGCUCUGAUGAUUCCAUUUCCGAUGAAUCCGUAUCCGAUGAGUCCAGCUCCGACGAUCAGCCAGAAGACGAUUACGAUACGAACGAUCCACCCAAAGAACUGUUGCAACAGUCAAUGUACGACAUCAAGAUGAUGCAAAAUCAACUUUUUGAGAUUGCGGCUUCCAUUCGUCGCCCCGGAGACCGCUCACAAUUGCUCAAGGCCGACCUGUGGUUUAAAGCAACGGAGCUCCAGGAACUGGAGGACCACCUGGUCGGAAUAUUGCUUGUUCGGUUGAAGCGUUGCUUCCAGGAAGAACACUCGAGAUUGAACGAAGUCCAAUUGCGACUGGUACGCUGUAACCUAAAGCGCCGAAACCGCUUCUUGCAUGCACAACGCCAGGGUCCUAGCUCCAGACCAUAUCGAUUUAUAAACAGCGCAGCUGUAUCCAUGCCGGAAGACUCAACGGCGCCAAUCGAUCUAGACUAUCCGCGUCCGCCUCGACUCGACGGUAAUGGGCAUGACUUUCAAUGUCCGUAUUGCUGCGAAAAACUUCCCGCAAUUAUGGCAGACGACGACAGGUGGAGGGAACACAUUGCAGAUGACCUGGCUCCGUACACUUGCAUUGUGGCCGGUUGCGAUCAGCCCGAUGUCCUUUUCACACUAGAGGAAGAUUGGCGAGAGCAUGUGCUGAAGGAUCACAGCAGCGUGACAUGGACUUGCUUUCCAUGUGGCAAUGGCGCUCGAUUCGGCGACAAGAAUACCUUCGUGCAGCACACGAAGUCCUGCCAUGCAGCCAGUAUUUCACCGGACCAGAUCCCAGUCUUGACCGAGCUGUCGAAGAAAGCCACACCGCCGGAGAUCAAGCGAUGCCCACUGUGCAAUUGGCCAGAAGAAGAGGGAGUUACGGUGGAUCUGGAUGUGCUGCUCAAGCAUAUUGCCCGGGAUAUUCACGCUUUCUCCCUCCACGCAUUGACAUGGGCGAAUGACAAAGAUCAAGGGAGUCUCGACAAGAAGGCGUCGACGGUCUUGAGUCAGGGCCAAUUGAAGAAGGUCGAACCGUUUCCCGAUACGCUGACAAGUAUGGCGAGCCUGGCAUCGACAUACAGGGACCAGGGCGAAUGCGAGGAGGCCGAGCAGCUUCCGAAGCAAGGUAUGAAGAUUAGCGAGAACCGUCCCGAUGCGCUGCCAAGCAUGAUAAGCCUGCGAAGAACAUGCGUUGCGCGGGGCCAGCGGGAGAAGGCGGCACAGCGUCAAGCACGAAUGAUGACGAUGCUCAAAGUCAAGCAUCCCCACGUGCGUUGACAAGUGAUGCCUGAUCUCGCUUUAAUCCGGAAGACUCCGGGUUGCGAUACAGAUGUGUUCAACUAGCUACUUAUGAUCAGCGUGCUCAGUCAAGUAAAG